UGCUGCCGCUGCCUCCACUCUGAGUCGCGCAGUCACCGCGUGUACUUGCGCCUCGCUCAUACUUAGGUACCUUUUAUUCCACACAAUACUUUUACUCGGGCCUAAUAUCGCCGCGUGCUGACAACGAACACUGUCACUUUCGCUCGCUCUAGAUACAUUGCAAACAUGAUAACGCAGUGAAUUUUAAGUGCUUUGGACUUCCUCUGCGGCUGGACUCCAAGGUCGAAAUAUGCCCCAGUGGGCAAGUGAAGGAGGCGGGUCAGAGGCGGUGUCACCAGAGCAAAUGGUUCUAUACUAUGACGACGAGGCUGAAGGGUCGGAGUAUUUCGACCGAAAUCAAGAUGUGGCUGUCAAAAUAGAACAAGCUGGAGAGGCUGAUUUCUACGACAGCGGGAGCGGCAGCGACGAGCAAGUGCCGCGUCGCGUGAGUAGGCCGCGGCGGGCGGCUGCUGGGUCCUCCUCGUCAGCCAGCACCGGCGGCCCCGCACCGUCCGGGCCCGGCCGACGCCGCCGCUGUGGCAUAUCUGCCAGAGAAAGGAACCUACGCAGACUGGAAAGCAAUGAAAGAGAAAGAAUGCGAAUGCAUUCUCUCAAUCGUGCGUUCGAGGAGCUCCGAAGAGUGAUACCGCAUGUGAAGAAACCCAAUCGCAGUCUUUCAAAGAUUGAGACCUUAACGCUUGCGAAAAAUUACGUGAAGGCCCUUACUAACACGAUUUGUAAUAUGCGGGGGGAGGAGGUUAAAUAUAAGUUCAACAGCCUCGAUGACAACGUCGAGCCAGUUUUCGUGCUGACCCGUGAGGAGCAAAACAACAACGUGAUGGAGCAAGAGCUACAGAUGCACGAAAGUCCCUGAUCGGAGGACCGCAGCCGGCGCCGGCUGACCCGCGUCCACAACGUCCCCUACUGCAAGACCUGCCGGUAUUAAAAAUACAAAUGAAAUGCUUACCAAUUGCUAUAUUUUUUCUCAUCGAUGUAAAGAUUUUUCCAUGAAAUUAGUAAGUACUGUACGGAGUACUUACCUACUAAUUCCAUGGAUUUAUCUUCGUGUUUGUUGACAUUUGAAAUGAUAUAUAGUCAUGUUUUAUGUGUUUGCUAUUCACGGAAAACCAUGUACUUGCCAAUUUAUGUACUUAAAUAUAUUUUAUUAGUAAUAAUAAUAAGUACUUCUAAAGUGUGAUAAAAAUUAUAAAUAGAAUUAUCUUGAUGUAGGAUAGUGACAAAAUGGCAAAUAUUCCGAGUUCUAAAUGUACUUAUGUACUACCUACUCGUGUAAUCGUUUGAUUGACACAUACGUUUAUUUUAAACUUUAUUUUUGCCAGAUCGUCACGUAUGUACCUAAGUACUUAUUCGGAAAAAUUGAGAUUGGUACCUGUAGGUACUUUCUUAUAAAAUAGCCAGGGCUGUGUCGUAUAAAGAGUUUAAUGAAUUUAUUAUUUAAUGAGCUGCAGAGCAGAAAUCAACCUUUCCUAAAAUAAAAUUACAUUUUUAUAUUUUAAUAUAAAAAUGUAAUUUCAAUUUAUAAAUUAUUAAAUAAACUAAAUUUAAAGACGUAGAAUUAUGUUAUUUAUUUUAUUUAGAAUGUACUUAUUUUGAACUAUAUCUAUCAGCUUAUUCCAGAUGUAAAUAAUUUAAACUCACUAUAAUUAUGUUGGCAAUUAUGUAUACGAACAAGAAUCUCAAAAAUAUUAUAUGAUAAUUAUGUAUUUUAAAAAUAUUCUUUUUAUUGCUUACAUAGGUAUAGGUUGUUUAUUCAGAGUCUAUUAUAGCAAUUCAAAAGCCACAAUUCCUACAUAGUUACCUACUCGUAUUACCUACGUAGGUAAUAACCUAAGUGUUUGUAGAGUCAAUUUAUGCAAUACAGAUUAGUAAAAAAAAAUAAUUAAGUAGAUAAAUAUAUUGGUGCCAAACUGUUAUAAGAUGCCAAAUGAAGGUACCUACAAGUACAAAAAGCUUAAGUAUAUCAUAAUAAGUAUUUAUGUUUCUAAAAUGGUGUGCAAGGCAAGUAUUCGAUCGGUAAUUUCUUAAUUUACCAACGUGAAUUUUUAAAUUAAUUUCUUAAUUUACCAAGGCUUCCAUAGGAAUGUGGGAUAAAAAGAUCCGAUAGAUUGUAGGGGUUUCUUCACAUUCUCACUAAGGGCUGUCAAAAUUUUCGUUUUUAAUAUAGGUAGUAGAAUUGAUUACAAACUUCAACAAGUUGGAGAUCAUAAUUUAUACAUCAACCCGCUGUUAGGCCUCCAUUUUUUCGCGCCACUUUCCUAUGUGGGGGUAGCAUAGUUUUCUAAAUAGGGUACCUACCUAAUCCAUGCGCUUGCACAUUACGACUACCUAUCUACCAUACAUAUAUAUAUAUAUAUAUAUACUUAUAUCUUAUACCAAAUACCACCACAGAAAAAUAUACAUACCAUAAUUACCAGAAAAGACCCGGUUCUUUAGAUUUUAUUGUUAUAUAAUUUUUAAUUAAAUAUGUAGAUUUUUUCGAAGGAAACGUGAGCAAUUUUAAUUGUCUAUUCUAUGACCUAAUUAAAUUAAUAUAUAAUAAUACAUAAAUAAAUAUAAAACAGGUAACAAAUAGGUAGCAACUAAAAGUUGUAGGUACAUAUUAGUUACGUACAAUGACUAGUAAAUCACAGAAUGUGUCAAAUAAAACAUGUACUUAAUUAGGUAUGCAUGGCUAUAGGUAUGUGUUUAGUAGUGUUCAUCUAGAAAUGUACAAGGUGUCUAUAAAAUUACGGAAACAUUUAGAUACAGUAUUUAACAAGUUUUUGAAAAUCUCAAUGUGAGUUACCAUUAUAAGUAUAAAUAGUUAAGUACCAUCACCAUGGCAUAGAUAUUAAGUACCUACUUAUAUAGUAAUUCCAAAAGAAAAGAACAGAAAAGGUCAUAAGAUUGGUAGUUAUGUUGUGUACUUAAUUUAAGCUAUGUACGAAUGUUUUAUAGUAAGUAUUUGCGGCGAAUUGAGUCUACUAUCAUUAUCUAGGUAGCAUAAUGACAAUUAUAAUUAUGUUGAUGCAUUGCAUUUUUAGAGUUGUUUAAAGACAAGACUUACACAAAGAACAGAGUUAUAUUUGUGAAAGUUUUGAAGUUGAAUUUUAUUUUGAAAACUAUAAGCUAUUUUGUAAAGUUUUAUUAUAUUUUUUUCUGUAAAUAAAUGUAUAUUAUACCUA